GCCAGAGACAGACAGAGAGCGAGCGAGCUUCCCCUUCCUGUUGUAUCUGCAGGAUUAACACAGGAGGGAACACGAGCUGCAAGCACCACUGCCGUUUAGAGCAGGAGAUCCACAGUUGGUUUAAUAUUCUGACUCCACAUACAAGAUGUCAGCCCGAAGUGGAAAAAAGAAGAUGACCAAGUUAUCACGCUCAGCCAGAGCAGGGGUAAUAUUUCCUGUUGGGAGGAUGAUGCGAUAUUUGCGGAAAGCGACCUUCAAAUACCGUAUUGGAAUGGGAGCACCUGUUUACUUGGCAGCAGUCAUAGAGUAUCUAGCAGCUGAAAUCCUGGAAUUGGCUGGAAAUGCAGCAAGAGAUAACAAGAAGAGCAGAAUAACUCCAAGACAUAUUCUACUGGCAGUGGCAAAUGAUGAAGAACUAAAUCAGCUACUGAGAGGAGUAACAAUUGCAAGUGGUGGUGUGCUGCCUAGAAUUCAUCCUGAACUUUUGGCAAAGAAACGUGGUUCCAGAAGUAAAGUAGAAACCAUUCUUUCCACACCAUCAGAAAAGAAAGCAAAAAAAACAAAGACUUCUCCCAUCAAAAAAUCUGUCAAGAAAGCAUCCAUCAAAAAAGCUGCAAAACCCAAAUCAGUCAGAAAAGGUAAACGGGCAGAAAAUAAGGAAGGGGCAUCCAGUUCCACAUCAGAUGAUGUACCUGGUGAAGGAUUCACAAUUCUUUCAACAAAAAGCCUUUUCCUGGGGCAAAAGCUGUCCUUGACUCAGAGUGAAAUCAGCAACAUUGGUUCAAUUAAAGUUGAAUGCAUCAUUAACCCUACAAAUGCUGAAAUAGAUCUGAAAGAGGACGUAGGUAAUGCUUUGGAGAAAAUGGGUGGAAAAGAGUUUUUGGAUGCUGUGAAAGAGCUACGGAAAUCUAAUGGACCUUUGGAAGUAACUGGGGCUGUUUUGGGUUUGGCCCCUGGUCUGCCAGCAAAGUUCGUAAUUCACUGCAACAUCCCACAGUGGGGAGUGGAUAAAUGUGAAGAGCAACUGGAAAAAACUGUGAAGAAUUGCCUGACCUUGGCAGAUGAGAAGAAACUUAAAUCCAUUGCUUUCCCAUCCAUCGCCAGUAGCAGGACCAGCUCUCGAGCUUCAGGUCGGUCUGCAAACCAAUCAAGAAAUUGUUUCCCAAAGCAUAUCGCAGCACAGCUCAUCCUCAAGGCCAUCUCCAAUUAUUUUGUUAACACAACGUCAUCAUCGCUGAAGAACAUAUUUUUUGUCUUAUUCGACAGUGAAAGCAUUGGUAUCUAUGUGCAGGAAAUGGCAAGACUUGACACAAAGUAAUGUGUUUUUAAUUUUUUUUUAAAAUGGAAAGCUGGGGAUUUUAACAGCUUUUUGUCUGAUAAUACAGAUUUGUGUGCGCGUGUGUGGGUGUGUAUGUUUAACAAGUAAAUGAGAAGGUGCAAAUUAUGAGCUGUUAUCAAGAACAUAUUCUGAAAUUUGAAGUCUGAACUUUGAUUACAUUUUUUUAUAGAACUCCUCCCAAGCAGGCAAAAGUUUGAAAUUUACUUCAGUGGAGGGGGGGGGGGAGAUCAGAAAACAACCUUGAUACUGUGCAUCUUUUUCUUUUUUUUGAUGAUUUUACAGAUACUUAAAACUUUUCAAAAAAGGUUUGUGGAAGACUGUUUUAUGAUUCCAUGUAUGUGUUUUUUAAGUUUCCUUUUUGUUAAGCUAGUGCAUUGGUUUUACAUUCCAGUGUGUAAAGGAACAAAUGAAGCAGCAGGUUGGCUGCAUUGUCUCUCUGUAUCUGUUUGCUGUAGUUUGAUAGUGUGGCUUUUUAAAAAAAAAUAAAAAUGAAAAAAGA